GACAUGCAUUUCCAAAUGACGUAAAAAGAAGGAAAAGUUGGAUCAACGCCAUGGUCCAUAAGCAGAUUGGAUGAGAACACGAUGAAAUCGUGGAGUCCAUCUCAAUCAGCUGUUGUUUGCAAGGCACAUUUUACUGAAAAAGACUACGUGCAGGAAACUAUUCAUGGGCGCAAACCCACCAUACAGAGACUUAAGUCUACUGCUAUUCCAAGCCUAUUUUCCUGGACCAAGCAAGAGACUGAAUCGUCCGCAAAAAGAAAAAUCAGGGCAGUUUCCUGUGAAAACAAAAGAACUAAACUUGAUGAAUAUUGUAGUAGAAAUCUAGAGGAAAGUUUUGAUUGUAAAGUUGGUUUUCCUGAAGAAGUCAUUCAUACUGCAGACAGGAUUUAUGACUGUCCACCACCAACUGCCGAGCUAAUGUUGAGCUUCACAGAUGGAAUUACGCAAACACCAUCAAUGCCUAUAUUUUCAGCAGAGAAAUUUGAAAUGAAGACACGUGACACAGCCAUGCAUUUUUAUACCGGUUUAGAGUUGUAUACUAAAUUUUUAUUUGUUUUGACCACACUUGGUCCAGCAGCACAUUGUUUGAGAUACAUAUAUUUUCAAAUUGAUAGGGUGUCAUUUGAAAAUCAGUUUUUUUAUGACUUUGAUGAAAUUGAGGCAUUAUACAACCAACUUUGAACUGUCUAGAUUCUAGAUUGAAACUAGUGUUAAGAAUAUUGUGUAGACAUGGAUUGUUUUUAUGUCUAAACAGUGGCAUGAGGCUAACACUUGGCCAUUUAGUGGUUUAGUCAGGUAUUUUGCGCCAUCCAACUUCAAAUUAAAGUUUCCUACAACUUGGAUUAUUAUUGACAGCACACAAUAUCCCGUGAUAAAACCUAAAGCUCCUAGAGCUCAGGCAACCUUUUCAUCAAAUAAAACAGAAACCCUGAAAAUUCUUGAAUGUUCGACACCUGGUGGUUUAGUCAACUAUGUCUCUAUGUUUCAUAGAGCGAAUUAUUGGACUUGGCAAAACAUACAAAAUUCUAAUAAAUCCUAUGAAUGGAACUGAAACAAAACUUUCAUCUGAAAUAACAUUUAGUUGUUUUAUGUUGUGUAAUUUUAGAACUUGUAUUGUGCCAAAGGAUGCAUAAAUAAAAGUGACGCAAUGAAUUUUGUUCUGAUAUAUAUAUAUUUACAAUUACAUGCACAUGUAAAUUGUAAUGCAUAUAAAAAUAAGGAGAUGUGGUAUGAUAUUCAGUGAGUUUAUCAAACUAAAGUGCAUAAGAAAUGGGUUUAAGCAGUUACAGGUGUUACUGUCACCGUACAAUCUCCAACAAUGAGAAAAACUCGUACCCUGUAAAAAAUUUCAGAGAUCUUACAACUAAGUUUUGUUGUCUCACCUUGACUUUGGUGAAUUGUUUAUAUCUGUUGAUGUAAAUAUAAAAAAGAAGAUGUGGUAUGAUUGCCAAUGAGACAACUCUCCACACAUGCACAAGAGACCAAAUGACACAGAAAUUAACAGCUAUAGGCCACAGUACGGCCUUCAACAAUGAGCAAAGCCCAUACCGCAC